GGAUUCAACAUUUGGUUGUUGUUGCUUUUUGCUGUGCUUAAGACAAUGAAAUGAAUACUGUUUAAUCACAAAUUAUAUAAAAUUUACCAUUUUUGUUUUCAAUUAGCAUCACUCUCACCAUCGUCAUCAUCUAUUUAACAGUCAGUCAUCUUGAUUGGCAGCUUUUUUAAGGUGGAUUGUCAACAUUUCUCUUCGUUUUUUCUCUUCUUGGUCACAUUUCUUUUACUGUUCUCUUCAAAAUCAUCUCAUAAUGUUAUUUUGCUAUUCUUCUGUUUGUGUGACUGUUCAUCAAAAACCAUUGUUUUUUAUCUUCCCUCUCAUUUGAUUGUUAAUUGUGUUAACCCUCCAUGUUUAACUCCAUUACCACUUCUUAAUAAUGUUCAUCCCAAUCUCAGUCUUCCUUUAACUCCUCUCUCUCUCUCUUUCUUCCCAAUGAUCAAGUGAAAGCUUUCUUUGCUUUUGACUGCUGUUUUGUAUAUAAAAUUGAAAUAUUUUGUUUAAAUGAUGAACACUUUCUAAUCUCAAUCAAUCAACCUUCCUCUCAACACCGACACAAUCAUCAUUAUUCCCAUCAACACCAUCAAAGCCAUCUGUGAAAUCAACCUGCCUUGAAAGAGAGAGAGGGAGAGUGAGAGUUAAGAAUUAUAGUGAGUAAAAGUGAGAGGCAAAACGCGAAUCAACAGACAUGGUAGUGUAACAGUUCAACUUGUUUAUAGCAACUGUAAUUUUUCACCUCUGAUUUCCAUAAUCAACCAGAUUUUUUACCAACAAAAAAAGGUUGAUUUUUAAAUUAAAAUGUAAUUAUUUUCAUAAUAAUCAAAUGUUGGAAUCAUCCGGAUGAUGGAAGAAGCCAUGUUUUAUACAGAUAGUCAUCGUUUACUUGGCAUUUGAAACAAGUGUUAACUCGUCAACCAUUACAGCAACCUGAAAGCAUUAUACCUUAACCGUGAAAACCAAUUUUCAACCCAAUUCUGUAUUCAACUACAAUGGUGACACUAAGUCUAUCACCAUCAUCAUCAUCAUCAUUAACUUCAUAUUCAAGACAAUUAUUAUUCCUGAUUGUUGCCUUAAUGCUUACAAAUAAGCAAAUUUUGUGCCAGGAUGAAAAUGUUUUUACCAAUAGAUUUGCAGUUGAACUUAAAGCUGAUUCAAGCGAACAAGAUGCCCGUCAUUUAGCUUCUUCUCAUGGAUUCCACUUUAUUGGAAAGAUUGGGAAUUUAGAGAAUCAUUAUUUAUUUGAACAUCAUGGUAUUUCAAAGCGUUCAACUGACCAUUCACAUGAAUAUGUUGCCAAACUCAAAGGGGAUGAAAGGGUUAUUUGGGCUGAACAUCAAAAAAUUAUUAAACGUGUUAAACGAGCAAGUAUAAGUCAAGACGUACCUGAAACAAUUUCAGAUCCACUGUUCAAAGAGCAAUGGUAUAUUAAUAAAGGAGCUCAAGAUGGUUACGAUAUGAAUGUUGCUGCUGCUUGGAAGAAAGGUUUUACUGGCAAAGGUGUUGUUGUCACCAUUCUGGAUGAUGGUAUUCAACCUAAUCAUCCUGAUCUAGCGGAAAAUUAUGAUCCAUUGGCAAGUUAUGAUGUAAACAGCAAUGACCCUGAUCCAACUCCUCAGGAUAACGGAGAUAACAAGCAUGGUACUCGAUGUGCUGGCGAAGUAGCUGCUGUUGCUGGUAAUGACUUUUGUGGCGUUGGAAUAGCUUUUAAUAGUAGUAUUGGAGGAGUUCGCAUGUUGGACGGUGUGGUCACUGACGAGGUUGAAGCCCGUGCACUUGGCCUUAAUCCUGAUCAUGUUCAUAUUUAUAGUGCCUCAUGGGGGCCUGAGGAUGAUGGCAAAACAGUUGAUGGACCUGGUAGGCUUGCAAAACGUGCUUUUAUCGACGGGAUUAAAAAGGGUCGUCGAGGAAAAGGGUCGAUAUUUGUUUGGGCAUCGGGUAACGGUGGUAGACGUGAUGACAAUUGUAACUGUGAUGGUUACACCAAUUCAAUUUAUACUUUAUCAAUCAGCUCGGCUACUCAAAGUGGUACCAAACCUUGGUAUCUUGAAGAGUGCUCGUCAACCUUGGCAACUACUUAUAGCAGUGGUUCGCUUGGGCGGGAUGAAAAUAUAGUGACAGUCGAUAUGGAUACAUCUUACUUUGAAUCACUUGAGAAAGGCUGGCCUCCAGAUGCUUCCCGGCUUUGUACCAAAUCACAUACCGGAACCUCUGCAUCAGCACCCAUUGCUGCAGCCAUUUGUGCCCUAGCCUUGGAAGCUAAUCCCAAUUUAACUUGGCGUGAUAUGCAACACAUUGUUGUACGAACAUCUCGUUAUGAGCCUUUAAAAAAUGAAAAUGGCUGGUUUACCAAUGCUGUUGGUCGUAACAUUAGUCAUAAAUUUGGUUAUGGGUUGAUGGAUGCAGAAGCUAUGGUUGAUUUGGCAGAAAAAUGGCAUCCUGUUCCACCCCAGAUUAUCUGUGAAUCUGCUGUUCGAGAAGAAAAAUUAUUAAUUCCUGCAAGCUUUACUGACCAACUGGAAGUAACCUUAAAUUGGACUGGGUGUUCGGGAACAUCAUCUGAUAUCAGAUAUCUUGAACAUGUGCAAACUCGAGUUGAUGCGCAUUUUAAGCCGCGUGGAUAUUUAAAAAUUACACUCAUUUCUCCUUCUGGGACUGUUUCCAAUUUAUUGACACCCCGGGUUAAAGACAUGUCAGACAAUAAUUUUGAACAAUGGCCUUUCCUUUCUGUCCACUUCUGGGGUGAAGAUCCUCGUGGAGUGUGGAGAUUAAUUAUAAAAAAUGAUCUUACUCCAGCUGAAAAACCGGGUCAACUCAUUUCAUGGGGAAUAACCUUUUAUGGUAUCAAUGAGCCAAUUCCAAAUUAUGAAGAUCCCUCUCGACUUGUUCGCUUUUUACCUCGCCGAAUCCCCUCUAAAUGUCCUAAAGCAACCUUUAUGAACCUUGAAACCUCUGAAUGUGUCAAAGAUUGUCCUGAUGGAACUUUUGGUAAUGUUGAGACAAUUGAAUGCACUAAAUGCAGUGCCCAAUGUUCAACAUGCUAUGGACCAUCGUUUGAUAAUUGUAUCACUUGUAAUAUUGGACAGUAUUAUUAUGCUGAUCGCUGCCUAAACAAAUGUCCUGAUGGGUAUUAUGCUGACCAAACUGGUGAAUGUCUUCCCUGUUCAAGUAAUUGUAAAACAUGUACUAAAUCGAGAGACAAAUGUACUUCGUGUAAAACCAAUUUACAACUGGAUAAAUUAACCAACAAAUGUUCACCUCUUUGUACAAGUUCAACGUGUAAAAAUAACCGAUGCCCACCUUAUUGUAUCUCAUGUAGUCAAAUACCUUCAUCGUCGUUAUCAUCACCCGCAGUUGUCUGUAAUCAAUGUCAAUCACGUUAUCGUCUUUUAGAAGGCUUUUGUUCAUUAGAUUCUUGUCCAUCAAAUUAUUACGAAUCAAAGCCAAACAAGGAUUCAAAAUCGACAGAAUGUAGAAGAUGUCACGAAUCUUGCGGAACUUGUUCUGGUCCAUCUCAUUCUCAAUGUUUGAGUUGCUUUAAUUCUGGACCCCCGAAAGAUGGGUUCUGUCUUCCUUGCCCACUUGGUGCAUAUUUCAACAAAUUGACCAAAUCUUGUGAUCUUUGCCAUGAAUCUUGCUCAUCUUGUUCAGGACCAAGUCCCAAUGAGUGUGUUGAGUGCCGAUUCCCAUUAUUUUUAGAUUCAAACCGUUGUUUACCUUGCUGUAACAAACCAUCAUCAUCAUCGUCAUCCAAAAAAUUCUCAUCAACUUCAUUAUCUCAAGCAACAAAUCCAUUAGAUUUUAAUUUAUCAAACACUUUAAUAAACGAUAAAAGUAAUUCAGAUAAUGAAAAUGUUUUAAGUAAAAAGAGGAAACAAAGCAAACCUGCUAUUAAUUACAAUGACAAUCAAAAUUGUUGCCAAUGUGAUAGUCCAUUGGGUCCAUGUUUAGUUCCAGCAAAAACACGCAGUGUAUCAUCUCUACCAAUGGUUGAUACUCCAGUUAAUAAUAAUUAUGGACCAAAAAAGAUGGAAUUAACUUCAUCUUAUAAAGUUAUAUUUGACAAUUUAAUUAAUAGUCCACCAUCUGUGAUAAUAGUGAUAUGUUUUUCAUCUUUAAUUCUUAUCGCCGUGAUUUUCUUGUUACUCCAAACGAUCUCAACUUACAGAUCAAAUCCCGGAGGUGGAUUAUUUACCUCAAGAAAUAAUCGUCGAUAUCAAAAGAUAUCAGAUUUUUCGAGUUAUAACUCUAAUCAAAAUAAAGUUAUUCUCACCUGUGAUGAAUUAUAUGAUGAGGACGAUGAUGAAGAAGAAGAUAAACUUUUUGAGAAAAUUUAAUCAACUCUUCAAUUGUGUAAAAAUUUUGUUUUCCUGCCUACAGUGGAGCUCCAUCUUUCAAUAGAUUUUCAAAGUAAAACUGUAAUGGAAACAAACCGGUGAUUCUAAUCAAAUUUAAUAAAACUAUCAACAACUCUGUAUUUAUGUUUAAUCAAUGCUUUCUUCUUAUUGAUCAACCCACCUGGUCAAUUAAUAAGUAAAGAAAAUCAAUAAAAAAGUACUGAUAAUUGUUACAA